AAUACGACAAGGAAGUGGACGUUAAUGGACGUCGGUUUAAAUGAUAUAGAGCUUAGUGUCAGUUGUUAAUAUAUUUCUCGUUUUAUCGUUUUGACGGUUGGGUGUUAAGUGUCGGGAGGGUACACGAGAGUACCCGGAAAACCCGCUGCUGGACGUUUUAAUCUGCAGAGCAGCGAUGAACACAGACGUGGAAUUUCACAUCAGGCAAAAUUAUCCGUGGAACAAACUGCCAGCCAAUGUCAAGCAGAGUCUUGGAAACUCACAGAGGGAGUAUGACAAGCAGGUCUUGCUGUACAGCAUACGAAACCAGCUGCGGUUCCGCAACAAUCUGGUCAGGCACGUGAAGAAGGACGAGCGGAACUAUUACGAGGAGCUGCUGAAGUACAGCCGGGAACACCUGAUGCUGUACCCGUACCAUCUAUCCGACAUCAUGGUCAAAGGGUUGCGGGUCACGCCCUUCUCCUACUACAUCAGCAUCAUGGAGGACAUUAUGAACAGUGAGAAGAGCUACGACUCUCUGCCCAACUUCACUGCUGCUGACUGUCUGAGGCUUCUCGGUAUCGGGCGUAACCAGUACAUCGAUUUAAUGAACCAGUGCAGGUCAUCGAAAAAAUUCUUCCGAAGAAAAUCGGCAAGGGAUCUUCUGCCAGCCAAACCAGUGGAGAUCUCGGUGGAGCCGUGGUGGGUAGCGCAAACCGGAUACAUCACAGAGGACGACAUAAGGAUCUGUUCUUCAGCGGAGAAGAGGGCCAUUGAUAAGAUGAUUGAUUCCGGACCCCAGCUGGCUGGAUCAAUGGAGUACAAUGUGGUUCUCAGUUUGUAUAACAGAGGAUUUAUUUACCUUGAUGUGCCCAUAUCUGAUGACAGCUGUAUAUCAGUGCCGCCUCUGGAGGGCUUCGUCAUGAACAGGGUGCAGGGUGAUUACUUCGAGACGCUGUUGUACAAAAUCUUUGUGUCCAUUGAUGAGCAGACCAAUGUCUCUGAGCUGGCAAACGUACUGCAGAUUGACUUGGGCCUGGUGAAGAAUGCCGUGUCCAUGUACUGCCGACUUGGUUUCGCCAUCAAGAAAGGUCAGGUGAUCAGCCCCGAGCAGCUGCACCCGUCAUGGAAAAGCGCCCCAUCUGUUAACAAACUAAAGGGCACUAUGGACCCUCAGAAGAUGCUGCUGUCCUGGGAAGGGAGCAGUCCAGUAAUGGAGGCUGGUUCCUCCGCUACAGAUACAGACACCACUAGUUUGGAGGAUCAAGACGCUGUGAGUGUGAGUAGUUUAAGUAUUCCUGCGGCCCCCACGAAGAGAAUCGCCUUCCUGUUUGAUUCCACCCUCACGGCCUUCCUCAUGAUGGGCAACCUUUCCCCCAACUUAAAGAGCCAUGCGGUGACCAUGUUUGAGGUGGGGAAGCUGUCGGAUGAGACCCUGGACAGUUUUUUGAUGGAACUGGAGAAGGUGGAGAGCACUGCCGAAGGAGAAGCUCAGAGGUAUUUCGAUCAUGCGCUUACCCUCAGGAACACGAUACUCUUUCUGCGCUACAACAAAGAGCUGACUCCUGAUCAGGGCCCCGACGUACCAAACAUAGGCCUGCCUCUGGACCUCCUCCGAUGUGAGAGUCUGCUGGGAUUAGAUCCUGCCACCUGCAGCCGGGUGCUCAACAAGAACUACAAGCUGCUGGUUUCCAUGGCGCCGCUAAGCAACGAGAUCCGGCCAAUCAGCAGCUGUACGCCCCAGCACAUUGGGCCAGCAAUCCCCGAGGUCAGCUCCAUUUGGUUUAAGCUCUAUUUGUACCAUGUGACCGGCCAGGGUCCUCCUUCGCUGUUGCUGUCCAAGGGCUCUAGACUACGCAAACUUCCAGAAAUCUUCCAGACCUAUGACCGGCUCCUCAUCACGUCCUGGGGUCACGACCCUGGCGUGGUGCCCACGUCAAACGUCCUGACCAUGCUGAACGAUGCCUUGACUCAUUCUGCUGUUCUCAUCCAGGGUCAUGGCAUGCACGGUCAUGGGGAAACAGUUCACGUCCCGUUCCCUUUUGAUGAAGAGGACCUCAAAGGAGAGUUCUCCUAUUCCAACAUGUGUGCACACAAGGCGCUGAAGGUGCUGCGGGAAAAAGUGGAUCUGGCGCACCAGUGCGGCUACAUCACAAUGUUAAACUACAACAACAGGAACCGCCGCAGGCCCAGUGACACCGACGCAGCCGGAGACACCGAACUCGGUACAGGCUUCGACGGCAACGGGAGCAGCGAGUCUUUCGAGCUGGUUACCGAAGAGAACAAUGGGGACAGCGGGAAGAAGCAGGGAACAGAGGGGUCUUCCAGUGAGGACGAGUGGGUACCUCUGGAGCUGUGCUUCGGAAUGCCGCUCUUCAGCUCGGAGCUAAACCGCAAAGUGUGCCAGAGGAUCGUCUCACACAAACUCUGCAGCAAAGACAGCCUUCAGGAGCUACUACAUUCCAGUCGGAAGCUGUCCUUGAAAGUUUUGAGUUUUGUGCAAUCAUUCCAAGACUCCAGCCAUUCCGGUGACCCAGACAGCGGGAUAUCGGCGCCUCUUUGCCAGCCACCCGCUGAGACUGGCGUCCCCCUCCCUGCUAUAAACCUCCUCUUUAAGGACGGGCAGCUGAAGGAGUGGAGCGGGCGAGCCCCGCCUUCUCUCCACCUCUCCACCGUACAGAAAGACCAGCCCACAUAAAACCACACCCUAAAACAAAUAUAUAUAGAUAUAUAGAUAUAUAUAUAAUAAAAAAAAAAUCUCCACACCAGUCACCAUCCUACCCGGUCCCCAUCAUCCUGAUUGAUUCCUGAGCUAGCAGUGUUACUAUCUGGGCUCUGUUUGGUUACAGCCGAGCAUAACGCUCUGUGCUAAUUCGGUGAUCUGGACAUGAUCGCAUUAACCCCAGCCCCCUCCGUCAUCAGCUGUCCAUUUCUCUGUGUUCGGUUUAUUCAGUAUCAAAACACAAAAUAAUCUGACAUAAGUGUUUUGGGGAAAAAAAAAGAAUAGGACAAGCCCUGUGGAUGGAUGAAGUCACCCGGGUCUCUUAUAAAAUGCCUCUUUGUACUGUCAUGUCGUGUGACCUGAUGCAUGAUGUCAUUGCACAAAAUCUCACAAGAGCAACUUGACAAAAAAUGGUUUUGCGAUGGUGGCCAUGAAAAUGGGGUUUUUACUUUUGCACAAGGUCUGUAGAAUUUCCUUGACAUGUGCUUUUUUUGUUUUUAAAUCGUUAAUCCUUGCCUGUUAGUAGAGAGAGAUUAAGAUUUCAUCAUAACUGUUUGUUUUGUCCCCUCUGUCAUGUUUUUGGGAAACCAGAGUAUAAUACUGGAUGCUUUCGACUUCAUUCUUUGCUGUUGUAUCACCAAAGAUUAUUAUUUUUGAAUUUUUUUAUUAUUCAAUUUCGACAGUAAUUUUAGUGUUAUUUUGCAGCAUUAUACAGGAAUUGUUCGCUUCCCAAGAGACUGAAAUGAACUCUGUGCUUGUGUACUCAAUGGUACCCUGUUUAAGGAAUUCAUCAUUUGGAUUGAGUUUACAGCUGAGUCCAGAGUCGAGUCCACCAUUCCAAACCUUAAAGAUCAUGCUCGGUAAUAUUCCUCCUAAUCUCUGAGGUUAUAACGAUGUAGCAUCGCUACCGUGUUAAAUCCUGUAGCCAAUCAGGCUCCAUUUCCCUUUUCUGUCUCUCUCUAUGGACAAGGUUAUUAAUGGUUGACAUGAGAUCUUGGUGCAGCAUGAUGAGUGUUUAGAAACCAUUGUGUGUAUUGUGCAUCAUUCUUGCACCUUCUUUCGCUGAAUUUCUAUUUGCACCCCCCCACAGGAACUUCCGCUCUGGAGACUCUCGUGAACCCUUCGUCAUUUCUCUGUUCAUGAUCCAUCUUAGUGUUAGAGAAAAAAAAAUUGUUAGUUUUAUAAUCAGCAUUUUAGGAACUCUUUGUUGUAAGGUGUUUGAUGGGACUUUAAAUAAUUUUCUUGUAAUUACCUGGGUCGAAACGUGACAUUCCCUUUCACCCCACCCCACCCAAAAAUAUAUGGCAUACCAAUAUGUACAAAGUAUAUAAUAAAUCUAAAUAAAUAAAUAUGGUGCAACAAUGUUCCCCAUAAAACCCAUUUAGACACGUAAUGCUUGUCUGGUGCUGUAAUUGCGACGGAAGCACAAACGCAGAGUGCCGGCAGUGGGUCAGCAGGUGAUGACGCAUAAAAAUGCAACAGUCUGAGCAAAGGUCUGAGUAUGAAUGAGAAUGGGACUGAAUGUUUUUUUUUUCCCCCACUUUCUGUCUCAUCAUCUUAUGCCUGAGUGUUUUUCAUUCACUGUAUUCAAAUGUAACUUUUAUAGCUUUCAGGUGGUGAGAUUUUUCAACGAUAUACAAACUUAAAAAACGAAAAACUACAGGUUUUCCUGAAAUAUGUUUUUCUUUUGGGUGUACAGUAUGUCAAGUAAGGCUACUGCAUUUAAAAUCAGUUUACUCCCAAAAGGGAAAAGGAAGGAUAUUUGUCACACAUACAAGGGGCGUUCAAGUCAAACCAGGAAUUAUAAAUGUGCAGAGUAACACAGUCAUAAGAGUAAAAACUCCCUUUAUUUCUCUAUAUAAUCCCCUGCUACUCUAAUGCACUUAUCCCAGCGUUUCACUAGAGCGUGGACACCAUAAUCAUACAACAUUUUCUCAGUACAUCUGCUUCACAUGUUGAAGUCUCCUGUAGUGGCCCAAACAUGUGGAAAUUGCUUGGUGCGAGGUCAGGACUGUAGGGGUAUUAUGUAGUUGUUUUUUUUGUUUGUUUGUUUUUCGCUUCUUGCUUCUGCAUUGGGGAUGUAAGGAAAAAUUAUUUUAGAUUUUAGUCAUGUCUGAAACACUGGCCUCCGUGGACCUCCUUUAAUGGCCCUGACAUAUGGAAAUGGCUUGGAGUAAGGUCAGGACUAUGUGGGGGAUGUGGCAAUAACUCCUACCUGAGUUCCUGUAAUGUGCACGUGGUGUUGGUAAAUGAUCCACACGAUCAUUGAUCAUGAAUUACAUUUCCCACAGACAGAUGCGUCUCUCCUGCAAGUUGCCUAAAAGUUAUCCGUCGAUUUUUACGGAUCAUGCGUUCCACUGGCUGAAUGUCCACCAUUCAAAUGUUUUAUUGCGGCUAAUAGUCUGAUCACCGUACUGUUCUUGACAUCUUCAUCGCCCAAGUUUGACUUGAACGCCCCUUAUAUAUUACAUCAUGGUAACAGCCAUGCUCGAGGGUCACAGUGAAGUAACAUUGUGAUGCUGGGGCCUGAACCGACAACGUUCUGAUCAGGUACCCAGAGUGUUAAGCAUUGAUUUGCAUCAAAGAAAUUUUUGACAGCAAGAAUCUUAUUGCAAAUGUGUUUGAAGUCUUUUGUCUGAUUUACUACAUCACAAAACUAUCUAACAAAGUACUGUUCUCAAAUUAUGAUCACACAAAGAUAUAAAAC